AUGAGGGCCUUUAUUUCGACUGUGUUGUGGGUGAUAGCAAUACCCUGCAUGGAAGCUAUUCACGGAUUGUACAAUUUCGGCCAGCAUGAUUUAUUCUACAAAAAGAAUAACUGCAAGCCCAUUCCCGCAAAUCUCCUCCUGUGCCACGAUAUAGAGUACACGGAGAUGCGCCUCCCGAACCUGCUCGGACACGAAACCAUGAAUGAAGUUCUGCAGCAAGCUUCGUCUUGGAUCCCCCUGGUUCAGAAGCAAUGUCACCCCGACACAAGAAAGUUCCUCUGCUCCCUUUUCGCUCCCGUCUGUCUGGACGAUUUGGAUGAGCCCAUCCAGCCGUGCAGGUCUCUCUGCGAGAGCGUGAAGAGCGGCUGCGCGCCCGUGAUGUCCGCGUUUGGCUUCCCUUGGCCAAAGAUGUUGGACUGCGAGCGUUUCCCACUCGACAAUGACCUGUGCAUACCACCUGCAGGCGUCGAUAACGUUGUGCCUGUCACCAAAGAAGUGCCCAGAGUGUGCGAUGCGUGCAAGGAAACAGAUGAAAAUGACAACGAAAUUGUUGACAACCUGUGUAAGAAUGACUUUGCUCUGAAGAUCAAAGUUAAGGAGAUCUCCUACAUCAACGGUGACACCAAGAUAGUGCCGGAGAACAAGAGCAAGACCAUUUACAAGCUGAACGGCGUGACCGAGCGUGACCUGAAGAAGACGGUGCUGUGGCUGAAGGACGGCCUGCAGUGCAUCUGUGAGGAGAUGAACGACAUCCACGCUGCCUACCUGGUCAUGGGCCAGAAGAUGGACGGCCAUCUGGUCAUCACCUCGCUGAAGCGCUGGCAGAAGGGACAGCGAGAGUUUAAGAGGAUUUCCCGCAGCAUCCGUAAGCUGCAGUGCUAG